AUGGCGAAGCGGCUGAAAGGCGGCAGCGAGGAGUACAACAUCGACGAGGCAACGAAGGAGUGGCACGGGCGGGGCGCCGUCGGCACCAGGCUGUACAACGCCUUCGCCGUCGCCGGCCUCCGCGUCGACGCCAUCGACCCCGGCCGCGCCCGCUUCUCCUUCACCGUGCCUCCUCGCCUCACGAACGGAAGGAAGCACAUGCAUGGGGGCGCGGUGGCAUCCCUGGUGGACCUAGCGGGGUCGGCGGCGUUCUUCGCCGGCGGCUCGCCGGCGACGGGGGUGUCCCUGGACAUCACCGUCUCCUUCCUCGGCGCCGCACGCGCGAACGAGGAGAUCGAGAUCGAGGCGAAGGUCCUGGGCAUCGGCGAGAGGACAGGGUGCGUGACCGUGGAGGUGAGGAGGAAAAGCACCGGCGAGGUGCUCGCGCACGGCCGGCACACCAAGUAUCUCGCCGUCUCGAGUAAACUGUGA